CACAGACUCAGACCUCAUCAGACAGGUUGCUGUUCCUCUUAUGUGUUUAGUGGUGGGAUGAGAAAAUAAAACAGACUCACCAACAAUCUCUGACAUUUGAUUUAUUCUUUAUUUGAAGAUUGAACUCACUGUGCAGCUCUGCAACGGGAACAGAGCAGCGAGGUGAUCUCCUGACUUCUGUCGCUCAUUCGGCUCCACUGACUCGGACGCUUUAUUGACAACGCAGCAAAAAUGGUGUCCACUGUAAAACACACAAGAAGGGAGCAAGAAGAAUCAUGUUUCAGCAGAGUGGCCAGAGCGAUCAGGAGAGCUCUGUCCAGGAUCUGUGGAGAUACUUCUGGCCCUCGCCUCGGGAACGCUUGUGAACAGUCUCACUAUCCGCCUUUCAAUCCCCAUUUUCAGCCUGACACAUGCGAUGAGCCUCUUCCUCCGACUAGCACUGACUAUGAGAUGGUUCCCAUAAGAGAUGGGCAUCCUCUUCAAGGUGUAACACACUCUGGACUGGUUCACGCACCUCCUCCGUCCCAACAACCUUCUUUUACUCAAGAACCCCAGAAGAAAGUCUUAACGGACCAAAGCUCCGGAGGAAAGCAAAAGUAUGAAAAGUGUGUUCUUUCUACCAGUUGUUCCCCUGACUACAUUGUAUGUGAACCUCUAUCAAUGACAGAAAACGUCACCUCCUCUGCAGCAGAUGUCAGGGGCAGGGGGAUGAAUAGAGCAGCAGGUGGUCUCUCCUCCACCGUCAUCUCUGCUGCAGGUUAUCAACGAGGGGAACAAACACAGGUUGUCCGGGGAAAUCGUUCUUAUACGCGUGCUUCAUCACACCCUUAUUUACAUCCUCCAAACAGAAAAGACACAGAUGAUGGUGGCUCCAGAUUUAAAUCCGUGUCUGUCAGAAGACACAGCCGCUCUCAGUCCGUAACUCCAACUGUCGCCGGCCCUCUAUGUGCACAAGGCAGAGCUACAGUCAUAAAGGACUCAACCGUCUGCACCGGAGGAAUCGUUGCACAAGAUGCAGCUGAGCUUUUCUCUGUGGAGCCUGAAAGUGAGCCUGGAGGAGACGCCGAUGUCCUGAUGGAAAUUGACUCACCUGUUGCAGCCGUGAACUACUCUGUCACCAACGCCCUGCCAGAACGUGGUCACCCCCAACCUCCUUGGAGCAGGGGAGACUCCAGCUGCCUGUCUCGCCCUCACAGCAUGCCAUCGCUGAGUCAAAUAAACUCUGCGGAGAUCAGGACCCUCAGACGGGCUGAAAGCUCACCUGACGCGCUGUUAAAAAGCAGCUCUGAGGAGUUCACACCUGACAUCACCGCUGAUGAGAACAACAACGAAAUCUUCCGGUUCCGGUGCUCCUGCCCAGGCCUGUACCGGUGCAGCAUGACGGGCCUGGUGUUCCACAUGGGGGGAGAAGGGGACGUGGUCUACAGGACCGUCCCUUGGGACUGGAGGCUGCUGGUCCAAUAUUACAAGAAGCCUGCGGGGCCCCUGUUUGACAUCAAGUGUGAGCAGCGGUCCGUGCGUGGCCUUCACCUCCCGCACUGUGAGAUCCGCUCCACGGGGGGCUGUGACUUCCUUUCGGUCGCUCACGUGAAAGACGAGGGCGUCGAGUUCAUCAGCCCGAAUAAGGCGACAGAAACUCACGUCGUCAUAAGCGUCACAGGGUUUUCUGCGUUCGGUAACGUCAAGGACGGAGACUCGCCCCCCGACCCGGUCCGAGCGCUGGUUCUGCUGUUCUACAGGCCCCAAGCCGACCCUGAUCCAGAAUCCGUCCUCAAUGUGUUGUUGCUACCGAGGAACGUGGUGCUCCGGGACGUUCUGCGCAUCAGGAAGAAGACAGUAGGAGAUGAGAGCUACAUCGAGACGUCCCCACACUGUAAACUGCACCCGAAGCAGGAGUACACUCUGUCCGCGAGUCCUGAAGACCACCAGGUUCUGGUUCAGCCAACUGAAGCGGAGUUUGACAGUGACAACUAUGACAACUACUUCCCAUCAUUCCAGGUGACUUGGGAGACGACGCUGAAACACAUCAAGCUGUUUUUGAGGGACAGCGACAGCUCCCACAGUGCCUGGGAAAGACGAGUUUGUCUUUCCGCCGCUGGAGUCAGAAGGUCCUGCGGGCCAAGUGCUCUGAACCUCCCUGCUCGCGAGAGGCUGCUGGACGUACGGAGCGGCUUCGUCGAAGGCAUCUCGGGACCCGUGCUCAAAAGUCUGCUGGACAAACUGUUUGAGAAGACGGUGAUAACCGAUUCCGAGAGGGAGUCGGCAGACGAGAUGCGAAACAAGGGCGACAAAGCUCGUUUCGUCGUCGAUACCGUGAGGAGGAAAGGUGAAGCUGCCAGUUCAGAGAUGAUUGAGAUCCUCUGUGAGGCCGACCCCUUCCUCUGUGAACAUCUGGGCUUGAUCUGA